GAAUGGACGAGGAUGGAACAGACCGAGGGACGUGGGAUCGAAAGGCGAGGCUAUAAUGAUCCUACGGGAGAUAUGGAACGAUCGACGCGAAGAAAGGGAGCGACGACGUGAGGAGGAGGAUCGGAGAAACCGUGAUGAGCAAGCAAGGUUGGCGCGAGAAGAAGACGAGCGACGUGCCGAGGUAGAAGAAAAGAAGGAAGUUGAACGUGAAGCUAGAAUGGCACGACUCGUUAGGGAGCAAAUGGAGGAGAUGGAGGCGAAAAAGAAAGGCGCCUCCGGCGAAUCCAGCAAGAAGGAGUGGGAGAAAGUAGAGAAAGUAGAGAAACCUCCCAAGGAUGGGGAGGGUGGCAAAAAUGGCGAAAGCUUGGACAAUCCGCGUCUCGCUGGGAUGUUCGCAUCAGUGGCUGGGAACGGACCAAGAAGAAGGUCCUCGGGAAUCUCCAUCAAUGAAGGGGCUUCGCAAGACCUGGGAUUUGAUCGUAUCAAUCAGGGCAAAAAGACUGUUGUUGCUGGUCCUGGCAAGGAGGGAUGCAAGAAGUACAUCAAAGACCUGAUUGAAGAGCUCAUGGCGAAGACCAACCAUGAGUUAGAAGAGUUUUGCAAGAAGGACCGAAUCAAGUAUGUGAAUAAGAAGAUCACCACUGCCGCUUUGGCCAAGUUGCGCGCUAUCGACGCGUAUGGCGAAGAUGAUGAUGACGAGGUCUUCGAGGAGAAAUCCCAAGGGGAGAACCCCUCUUGAUGAUCUGGGGACGUUCCUUCCUCCUGGUUUUCCCUGGAACAAGUAAGAGAACGAAGGAGGAAUGAAGGAUGGCAAGGUAA